AUGACAACCACAUAUACAAGGUCUACGUUUGGCAAGUCCAACAUGUUCGCGCCCGCGCUGCCAUCAGCAUGGCAGCGUAUACAGCAGGAUCCAAUACUCUUCAUCGCACAGUGGUUAUAUGCUCACCGACCGCUUUCGACAAUAUCACAGCCCGCGUCCACAACAUCGAAGUCCGCUUCUACGAUCCGUGUUAGGGUUAUCUGCAUCUCCGAUACGCACAAUGAGCAGCCGCAUGUACCGAACGGCGACAUCUUGAUCCACGCCGGCGAUCUGACAGUCAACGGCACAUUUGAAGAGCUGCAGUUACAGCUCGACUGGUUGAACAGUCUGCCACACCAACACAAGAUCGUCAUAGCAGGGAAUCACGAUUUGCUUCUCGAUCAGUCCUUCUUUCGCCGCAACCCACGACUUGCAAGCCGAGAGAAUGAUGAACGCAGACUGCGAGAUCUCAAAUGGGGAAGUGUAGUAUACCUCGAGAACGAGCUGAGGGUGCUCAACGUUCGGGACAGGGACGUCAAGGUCUAUGGAAGUCCCAUGACGCCGAAAUACGGCAACUGGGCGUUCCAAUACCAAGCAAAAGACAUAUGGGCUGUGCUCAUCUUCAGCGGGAACUUUGGCGUGUGA